AUGCUCCGUGCGUCAAAUCUAAUUUUCUAUGGUUGUGAGAACCCAAUGUGUGUGAUGGAUGGUUGCUAUGGUUGCGGUUGCUAUAAUGAAGCAUGCAAAUUCAUUUGCUCAGACACCGGUUGCUAUGAGGGCACUCGCGUGAACCCGGAAUCCAGAAAGACAAGGAGAAACAUGAGGAGGAAACUCGUUGAGAAAUAUGCUAAACUUCAAGAGGAAAUUGAGAGUCGGGAGAAGAGUGAGUUUGAAAAAUCCAAAGAUGAAUCGCAACUUCCGAACCGCCACAAUGUGGCCAUCGCAACCACUGGAAUUAAAAAUUUUAUUGAUGAAGUCCAAACUACUGUCCAAAUGCCGAAAGAAGACAGUAAGACUCGUUCUCCCAGCUCACUAGCCAAGAUGCUAGAGAUUUCAGUAAGUAAAGCUGUAAAUUCAAGAGAAGCACCAGAAUCCAAUCCUCUGGAAGAGAAGAAGCCUCCAAAGCAAACAACAAAGAAGGGCUGGACACCGAAUCAGGUGGGUCUUCUCCUUGUCUUUAGGGCUGGACACCGAAUCAGGUGGGUCUUCCUGUCUUUAGGGCUGGACACCGAAUCAGGUGGGUCUUCUGUGUCUUUAGGGCUGGACACCGAAUCAGGUGGGUCUUCUCGUCGUCCCUCUUCUUGCUUCCCAGUAUCUCUGGCUUUCCGUCGUUGUCGUAGGGCUGGACACCGAAUCAGUCUAAACUCAGCAACAGCUUCGAUUCUUGGCCAGUCGGCCAUGUCGGAGAGUGCCACUGUCCACUGUUUCUCUUUUGUUUCCACUGUCCACUGUUUCUCCUUUGUUCGAGCUUUGACUGUUUUGGGUGCCUCACUGCUUUCAAUUGAGUUUAUUGCUGACUGCGAGUCCGAAAGUAUCACAAUUGAGUUUAUGCUGACUGUGAGUCCGAAAGUAUCACCGCUUGAGUUUCUCGCUGACUGUGAGUCCAAAAGUAUCACCGAAUUGAGUUUAUGCUGA